AUGAUUCGGCUCGACCGGAGUGAUACCACGGCCUCACAGAAAACCGGCGUGAAACAACCACAGCGUUGUUUCGCCGUAUACGUAUUUAAGGUGAAAUGUUGCGACCUCAACGAAGCCUACAUUUGGGCUGCUAACGAUACAGUGUUUCAUACGGAAAUCGGAGUACCAUAUGUUAAGAGUGAUGAAAUAUCCGAGGACAAGUGGUGUGAAUGGGAUGGUAUGUCCUCAGACAUGUUGGAGUCUCUGGGCCUUGAACAUGUUAACUUCAAUGCGUCAUGGAUGAAGAGAGAGUUCAUUGAGAAGCUGGUUCCAUAUUGCAAGAAGUUCCUUAAAGAUAAUGUCAUCGAAAAAGUAUUUGUACCAGUGUGCAUCGACAGUGAGAAUACGAGCACAUAUUCUUCUUCGCGUGAGAGCAGUUACAACAGUGGUAGCGACUGA